AUGGCUGCUGCGGUAGGCAAAUAUGCCGCCAACAAGAUGUUGCGUGGUCAGAUGGCGAAAUACCAGAGCAAGCAACCUUGCGGCGACGAGGUAAGUCAAUCAUUCCCUCUAUCAGGCAACUAUGCACUUUCGCUGGUUCCUACAUGCCGUGUAUAUUCAGAAGCUAACCUAUUUCUCGCANNGGACCCAUUCUUCGUCUACAUCGACGACCCACGCAAGCCUGGAAAGCAGAAGAAAGUCAAAAAGACCGUCCCCUCAUACAUCCCAGAACACGACGCCAAUGUACUCGCCAAAAUGCGCCGUCGCUCUUACAGAAUGGACAUGGCGCUCUUCGAAUUCCUCGGUACUCGUUUCGGAUGGUCUUCGGUCAUCGGAAUAGUCCCCGCUGCCGGCGAUGCCCUGGAUGCUGGCAUUGCUCUGUUGCUCGUCAAAGGCUGCAUGAAGGUCCAGGGCGGUCUGCCCGUGGGAAUCCUCAUCCAGAUGCUCAUCAACGUCGCCAUCGACUUCCUCAUUGGUCUCGUCCCCUUCGUCGGCGAUCUUGCUGAUGCCUACUUCAAAGCCAACACCAAGAACUGCCGUCUCCUGGAAAAACAUCUGGAUAGUCUGUACAAGCCCGAUGCUCUCAAGGCAGUUAAGAAUCGUUCGGGCAAAGCAAACCCUCCAGCCACGGCGUAUGAAGACUUUAGUGACGAAGAAGACGACCGUAGAGCGUUCCUCCAGGAGACUCGUCCACACGCCGAUGGCGCCCACGAUGUUCGCCAGCCUGCACCAACCCCUGAUCCCAGAGCAAAGAAAUCAGGCGGUUGGUUCAACUUUGGUGGUGGUAACAACAGAAGAGAACAAGACCUUGAGAGAGGGGUUGCUCCCACUCGCCCAGUCCGUGUCGACGACACCUUGGAGACCGGUACUGUGCGUACUGAUAGAAGAUGA